CCUGUCGCAUUUCUAUUGGGGUACCAAAUGCUACUCCACUGCGUGCCGAAGUUGAAGAGAACCUCUUCUCCAUCGCCACUCUGCUCUCUCCCGAAUCACACCUUCUCCUCCGCUUCAGUCUCUCCUUUCCGGUACCCAUUACCAUAUUCACCCACACUUCCUCAAAACGAUACAAACACACGCCUUAGAACCAGCCCUGAUUCAACCUAUACCCACCAUUCAUUUUCCCCAUCACAGUAUGCAUCUUUCCUCCAAUCUUGUAUUUCUAGAAGAGCCGUCGAGCACGGAAAGCAGCUCCAUGCCCAUCUCUGCCUCACUGGCCUUGGUUUUCAUCUUGUUUUAGCUACUAAACUUGUUAAUUUGUACUGUGUUUGUGACUCUUUGGUGCAUGCCCACCUUCUGUUCGACCGAAUUCCCAAAGACAAUUUGUUUCUUUGGAAUGUUUUGAUUCGUGGGUAUGCAUGGAAUGGGCCUUACGAAGUGGCAGUAUCGCUUUACUACCAAAUGCUGGAGUAUGGAAUUCUUCCCGAUAAUUUUACCUUCCCGUUUGUCCUCAAGGCGUGUUCGGCACUCACGGCGAUUAAGCAGGGGAGAGAGAUUCAUGAACAUGUGAUACGUACUGGGUGGGAAAAGGACGUCUUUGUGGGUGCAGCACUUAUUGAUAUGUAUGCAAAGUGUGGUUGUGUGGAGAGUGCUAGGGAAGUGUUUGAUAAAAUUGUGGAGAGAGAUGUUGUAUUGUGGAAUUCUAUGCUCGCUGCCUAUUCCCAAAAUGGGCGUGCAGAUGAUACACUUUCUCUUUGCAGUGAGCUGGCCUUAACAGGCUUAAGACCCACUGUUGCAACUCUGGUCACCGUGAUCUCAGCUUCUGCUGACAUUGCGGCUCUUCCCCAAGGAAGGGAGCUUCAUGGAUUCAGUUGGAGACGAGGGUUUGAAUCUCAAGACAAGGUGAAAACUGCCCUUGUUGACAUGUAUGCCAAAAGUGGAUCAGUGAAGGUUGCUCGGAAUCUGUUUGAGCAGCUUGUAGAAAAAAGGGUUGUUUCUUGGAAUGCCAUGAUUACUGGGUAUGCAAUGCAUGGUCAUGCUACUGAAGCAUUGAGUUUGUUUGAGGAAAUGAGAAAACAGGCUCAUCCGGAUCAUAUUACUUUUGUGGGUGUUUUAUCAGCAUGCAACCGUGGAGGUUUGCUGGAUGAAGGGUGGAAAUUUUUUGAAUUGAUGACGAGAGAUUACCAUAUAGACCCAACAGUUCAGCACUACACAUGCAUGGUUGAUCUCCUUGGCCAUUCCGGUCGAUUAGAUGAGGCUUACAAUCUUAUAAUGCAAAUGAAAGUCUUGCCAGACUCUGGCGUUUGGGGUGCAGUAUUGAACUCCUGCAAAAUACAUGGAAAUGUGGAGUUGGGGGAGCUAGCAUUGGAGAGACUGAUGGUGCUCGAACCUGAUGAUGCAGGGAACUAUGUGAUUUUAUCAAACAUUUAUGCUCAGGCAGGUAGAUGGGAUGGAGUUGCCAAGCUUAGAAAAUUAAUGACAGACAUGGGACUAAAGAAGUGCAUUGCUUGUAGUUGGAUUGAAGUCAAAAACAAAGUCCAUGCUUUUCUUUCUGGAGAUAUGUCGCACCCUAUGUCUGAUGAGAUAUAUGCUGAGUUAGAAAGGGUAGGGGGACUUAUGGCAGAAGCUGGCUAUGUGCCAAAUACCUCUCCAGUGUUCCAUGAUGUUGAGGAUGAUGAGAAGACAGGAAUGGUGUGCAGCCACAGCGAAAAGCUAGCAAUUGCAUUUGGACUCAUUAGUACCCCCCCUGGGUCCAGGCUUCUUGUGACCAAGAACCUACGGGUCUGUGAGGACUGCCAUGUUGCCAUCAAAUUCAUCUCAAAAAUCACAAAUAGGGAAAUUAUUGUUAGAGAUGUCAAUCGCUACCAUCACUUUAAAGAUGGCAUAUGUUCUUGUAGUGACUUUUGGUGAAUUAGAUAAGGAGACGUCUUAGUGAACUUUUCAGGUUCAAGAAUUAUUUGCUGUUAACAGUGAUUCAAUAAUUGUGAUGAUGGAUUCAAGAAAGAAAUCUAUUGGAGGAAAAGAAAAGGAUGCCCACAAUGAAGCAGCAAGUAUGUGGUGUUCAUCAUACCAUGAAAGGGCUUUCGGGUAUUCUGGAAGUAAUUUUAAGUUAUUGCUGCAUGUGGGAUAUUGUGAGUACAGAAUAUUGACUUCACAGCAUAAAAAAGAGUUCUUAUUUCAUACAUGUAACUUCUGGAUGCUACAAGAAAUUUGGGAUCGUGGUAAUUGUUGUUGCUGAAAGCAUUGUCUUGCAGAUGAUUUAUGGUCAUCGUAUCAGAAAGGAUUGGGAAUAUCAACGUGGAAUCUCCUGGAGUUCAUCAUGCUGGAAGAUGUCAGAAAGACAAAAAGUCUCUUCAUUAACUUGGAUGCUGCCUUAUAGUUGACAGUGUUUCUAAGCUUUCAAUGCAGAUUCAUGGGAUUUGCAAAUAAUAAUACUCAUACAAUCUGAUUUCAGUUCCAUCCGCCUACCGAAAAAACAUUCUCUGGUUUUUGCUUGCGUGCGAGUUGAAUUAGACCACCUCGAUUGAGCAUGGUCUAAGGGCUUCAGGUUUAUGUUCUUACAAAAGAAAGGGAUACACUGUGGAGGGAGGCAGCGUACAAAGUGUGAUGCUGCUGCUCCAUUGAAGGAGAAAGAUGAAAUAAUCAAUCAAGUUAGGGCUGAAGGUUGUGCUCCAAGAAAAACCUUGAAUGCCUUUUAUUUUUUGUCCUAUAUCUUCUGGUUUAGCAUGCGCUGUUCAUACAGCUUUUCGUCAUGCUUGGCGUCUGAGCUGCUCACUUCAACAGGCUUACAUUACCUUAGGUUGAAGAAUUUCCUUAAUGGUUCCUGGGUGUUAUACAUGACAAAACAUGAAAUUGAUCAGUGUCUUUUGAUUAUUUAGAAACUUUUUUUGAAGCCUGGUGUUAAAAUAUCAACCCUGAAUGUCUUUGUAAAUAAAAUACAAAUUAGGAAAGUGGGUAAUUAUAGGAGAUUUGAUAUUAUUUAAUAGGAAAUUGUUUCCUUGUUUCGAAUAGGUAAUUGUAUUAUAUAUUGGUUUGUACGUAAGAACAAUAUAAAGAACAAAUAUUAGUUUCCAAUUGUUUCUUCUUUCAUGGUAUCAGAGCUAGGGUUUCUUAAACCCAGCUAAAUAGUGGCUGAUUGCAGAGACUCUACCUCCUCUGCGAACAUCACCGGCGAUUCAGAGGUCACGUCUGGUGGGAGUACGAAUGAUAACUCAGUCUUUCCACUCUCAUUGGAAAAACUAAACGGAAAAAAUUUCCGUGAAGGGGCUCAGUCCAUGAAACUGGUAAUUGAGGGAAAAGGAAAGAUUGGUUACCUUACCGGUGAGCGAAGGAAACCAGAUCCUUCCGACACUAUAGCCUUGCAGAGAUGGAGGUCCGAAAAUUCCAUGGUCACGGCUUGGCUCGUCAAUUCGAUGCAACCAUCAGUCGGAAAAAUUUAUUUGUUUUUGCCGAUGGUGAAGGAGGUCUUGGAAGCCGUACGUGAGACGUACUCCGAUGGCGAAAGUUACUCCCAAAUCUUCAACAUCAAGACCCGAUUGUGGCAGAUGAGGCAAGGCGAGAGAGGGGUUACCGAGUAUUUCAUAGAGAUGAGUCAUCUCUGGCAGGAGCUCAAUCUGAGCAUCGACGAAGAGUGGGAGUGCUCCGGUGAUAGCACGCGAUACCGAAGGAGGCUCGAAAAUGAAAGGGUCUUCGAGUUUCUUGCCGGCCUGAAUCGCGAGCUCAACGACGUGAGGGGACCGAUCCUCGGCCGGCGACCUCUUCCUUCAACCCGAGAAGUCUUCGCAGAGGUCAGAAGGGAGGAGAACAGGAGACGGGUGAUGUUGCGGCCCCAAAAUGAAUCCGCUACACUGGGCCCGGCUGUACAUGGAUCCGCCCAAAAAUUAGAUGGGCUACAAGCUGGGUCGGAUGCCUCAGCUCUUGUAUUAAAAGGCCCAGGAGGACCUAGUCAACGACCACAAAGAGGAAAAAUAUGGUGUGAACAUUGUCAAAAAACAGGACAUUCAAAAAAUACCUGUUGGGAGAUUCAUGGAAAACCGGCAGACUGGAAACCGAGACAAUACCACAAAAAUCGUGGGUACCAGGCCAGCACUGGCGGAUCAACUGAAAGAUCACAAGGAGAGAACAAUGAUACCCCGUCCGGCAGUGUCUUCAGUCUUGAACAGUUGGAUCAAUUAUAUAAGAUGUUUUCAUCAAUGCAAACAUCGGGUCAGUCUUCCUUUGGUUCUCUGGCUCAUCGAGGACCUAUCAUCAAGGAAGACGAUUGGCACUGCUAAAGCGUAUGAGGGACUCUACUACUUUGAGGAAGCAAGUUUGAGUGAACUAUGUAAUACUGCAAUUUGUGAUUCUACAUUUACUUCUAGAAAUAGUGAACUUUUGUUAUGGCAUUCGCGGAUGGGUCAUCCCAACUUUCAAUAUCUAAAACGUUUGUUUCCUUCUCUUUGUUCAAAUAAAAUGGCUUCUAAGUUUCAAUGUGAAGUGUGUGAGCUUGCUAAACAUCGUCGUACUUCUUUUCCAUCAUCCAUAUACAAACCAUCACGUCCAUUUGCUAUGUUUCACAGUGAUGUAUGGUGUCCCUCACGUUCCCUAAAUCGCACCAAUACAAAAUGGUUUGUGACCUUUAUCGAUGACCAUACUCGUCUUUGUUGGGUCUACUUAUUGAAAGAGAAAACUGAAGUCCGCUCCAUUUUUAUCAAUUUUCAUACCAUGAUUCAUACACAGUUUCAGACUCAUAUUCAGAUCCUACGUACUGCUAAUGGUACGGAAUAUUUCAAUACCAUCCUGGGAACUUAUCUUCAAGAUCAUGGGAUUGUUCAUCAAAGUUCUUGUGUGGAUACCCCUCAACAAAAUGGGGUUGCUGAACGAAAAAAUAGACAUAUACUUGAAGUAGCCCGGGCUUUAAUGUUUACUACCCACAUGAAACAUUAUUUUUGGGGCGAUGCCAUCUUAACAGCCACACAUCUCAUUAAUCGAAUGCCAAGUCGAGCACUCUCAUUUGUCACUCCUCUUCAGAAAUUUCAGGAAAACUUUCCUACCUCUCGACUCCCUUCCAGUCUCUCACUGAAAAUUUUUGGCUGUACUGCUUUUGUUCAUGUCCGUGCACACCAUCGCGAUAAAUUAGAUCCUCGUGCCAUUAAAUGUGUCUUCAUUGGUUAUUCACCUACCCAAAAAGGCUACAAAUGCUAUGAUCCGGUCUCUAAACGACUGUUCGUUAGUCUUGAUGUCACCUUUUUUGAAAUCACUCCUUAUUUCUCAAAGCCCUCUCUUCAGGAGGAGAAAUGGAGGAGUGAAGAUCGGUUCUUUGAUCCUUUUACUACUGAAUCUGCGGUUACUCCAGUUACUUCAUUCCCUGACCCAUCUUUUGAGUCUUCCAUUACAUUACUUCCCGACUUGCCAAACACAACUGAACACUUACCCUUCGGGGGAGAUGCAGGAGAACAUAACAAUGCAGACAUACUGGUUUACUUAAGAAAGCCGAAAACAAAGGAGAGGGAGAAUCUCAUACCUGAGGCACUAAGAGCGUUGGAACCGGUGAUGGCUCUGAAUAAUCAUGAGCCCUUGACUUAUCCUGAUCUGGUAAUUGAGUCUUCCUCUGAUAAUUCUGCACCUGAUGAUAUCAAUCUACCUAUUGCAAUCAGAAAACAAACCAGGUCAUGUACUCAAUAUCCUUGGUCGAAAUACAUGUCUUAUAAAAGCUUGUCUACAGGAUAUCGUGCGUUUGUCUCUAAUCUUGACAGGAUGAAAGUACCAAAAAGCAUUCAGGAAGCUCUAGAAAUACCAGAAUGGAGAGAGGCAGUCUUGGAAGAAAUGUGAGCCCUAGAAAAAAAUGGAACUUGGAAGUUGACAGAUCUACCGAAAAGGAAGAAGCCAGUAGGUUGUAAAUGGGUUUUCACAGUGAAAUGUAAAUCUGAUGGAACAGUUGAAAGAUAUAAAGCCAGACUUGUUGCAAAAGGCUUUACACAGACCUACGUCAUUGACUAUACUGAGACAUUUGCACCAGUGGCAAACUUAAAUAUAGUUCGGGUUCUCUUGUCCCUGGCAGCCAAUUUAGAUUGGCCAUUACAACAACUUGAUAUUAAAAAUGCUUUCUUAAAUGGAGAAUUAGAAGAGGAAGUUUACAUGACUAUACCACGAGGAUUCAGUAGAACAGGUGAAGAAAACAGAGUGUGUAAACUAAAGAAAUCGUUAUAUGGCCUCAAACAGUCUCCGAGAGCGUGGUUCGACAGAUUCGCAAAGGUACUAAAGAAUCAAGGGUAUCGACAAGGGCAAUCAGACCAUACACUAUUCUUCCAAUAGUCUGAAGGAGGUAAGAAAACAAUUCUAAUAGUGUAUGUUGAUGAUAUAAUCCUUACUGGUGAUGAUACUGAAGAAAUGGAGAGAUUGAAGAAGGUUCUGGCUACUGAAUUUGAAGUCAAAGACUUGAGACAGAUGCGGUAUUUUUUGGGCAUGGAAGUGGUAAGAACAAAAAAGGGGAUUAGUGUUUCUCAGCGAAAGUAUGUUACUGACCUCCUAGUUGAAACUGGCAUGCUAGGGUGCAAACCCAGUGAAACCCCGAUAGAAACAGUAAAGAGGGUUGAAGAUUGUGGAAAACCAGUAGAAAAGGAGAGGUAUCAGAGAUUGGUUGGCAAACUGAUCUACCUAUCACAUACUAGACCAGAUAUUGCAUUUGCAGUUAGUGUAGUAAGUCAACAUAUGCAUUCACCAAAGGAAGUUCACUUUGAUGCCGUAUACAAGAUCCUUAGAUAUCUCAAGGGAUCCCCAGGAAAAGGACUCUUCUUUAAGAAAUGUGAAAGCAAGGAAGUAGAGAUCUUUACAGAUGCAGAUUGGGCAGGAUCAGUGGAAGAUAGAAGGUCCACCGUAGGAUAUUGUACAUUCAUCUGGGGAAAUCUUGUGACGUGGAGAAGCAAAAAACAGAAUGUGGUGGCUCGUAGUAGUGCUGAAGCUGAAUUCAGGGCAGUCGCUCAAGGGAUUUGUGAAGGAUUGUGGUUAUGAAAACUCUUGGAGGAAUUACAGGUACCGGUGAACCUUCCUAUCAAACUCUACAGUGAUAACAAGGCAGCUAUUAGCAUCUCUCUUAAUCCAGUCCAACAUGACAGGACUAAACAUGUGGAGGUAGACAGACACUUCAUCAAAGAAAAAAUUGAAGAAGGAAUUAUAUGUAUGACUUAUGUACCAACCAAGGAACAAACUGCAGAUAUCCUCACUAAAGGCUUGGGGCGACAGAGUUUUGAUGAUCUUAUUAGCAAGUUGGAGAUGAUUAAUAUUUAUGAUCCAACUUGAGGGGGAGUGUUAAAAUAUCAAUCCCGAAUAUCUUUGUAAAUAAAAUACAAAUUAGGAAAGUGGGUAAUUAUAGGAGAUUUGAUAUUAUUUAAUAGGAAAUUGUUUCCUUGUUUCGAAUAGGUAAUUGUAUUAUAUAUUGGUUUGUACGUAAGAACAAUAUAGAGAAGAAAUAUUAGUUUCCAA